CAUCCUCCCCACUGCUCCGGGGAAGGGCUGGCAGGGAUGCUAGGAGGUGCAUCGGCUGACAGACGAGGAGAUAUUCCAGCAACCUCCUUUUUUUUUUAAUUAUUCUGCUUUUGCGGUGGUUUAUUUUUCUUUCCCUGAGAUAAAGACUUGUUAGGAUUUCUUGCCGAUGCUUUUAAAACUUGCUAUGCAUUUCUUUAUCUGUAUGAGAUUUCCAUUUUUGCUGGGGAUUUACUCAACACACCAAACGCCUGGGAAGUUCCAGGGCAGGCGGCUGCAGUGAAUAUCUCAGCAUGCUCCUAAUUAGCCCCUGCCCGGCAGAUCGACACGCCGGCAGCAGGGACCGGCAGUCCACCUUGUCCUUGCUUAACUCUGUGCGGGAGUGGAAAGCUGCCGGCCGAUCCCGCCGACCGGGCUAGCAUGACUGUGCUCCACUUGCACCUGUACCUCACUGCCUUGGGCUUCUGGAUGACACAGCAGUCCAGCUCCUUCCUGCUGCCCAAUGCCACCGAGCUCCUGUCCCCCGCCAGGGGCAGAGCUGCGGGCCUGCUGUGGGGCAUGGGGGUCCCCCGGAGCCGUCGGAAGCGAUACCUCUCCCCCCAUGACAUGAACGUGAUUUUGGACUACCACAACCAAGUGCGAGCACAGGUUUCCCCCCCCGCUGCCAACAUGGAGUAUAUGGUGUGGGACGAGCGGCUGGCCAGGGCAGCGGAGGCGUGGGCUGCGCGCUGCCUGUGGGACCACGGCCCCCCCCAGCUAAUGAAAUACAUGGGGCAGAACCUCUCCAUCCACUCGGGCAGGUACCGCUCUGUUGUGGACAUGGUGAAAUCGUGGCACCAGGAGAAGCAGCACUACUCCUUCCCCCACCCCCGCGAGUGCAACCCCCGCUGCCCCUCCAAAUGCAGCGGCUCUGUCUGCAGCCACUAUACACAGAUGGUGUGGGCAUCCUCCAGCCGUCUGGGCUGUGCCCUCGGUGCCUGCACCAACGUGCGGGUGUGGGGCAGCACGUGGCGGCACGCCGUCCUCCUCGUCUGCAACUACGCCAUCAAGGGCAACUGGCUGGGAGAAGCGCCAUACAAGUUGGGGCGGCCGUGCUCAGCCUGCCCCCCCACCUAUGGUGGGGGCUGCUCCAACAACAUGUGCUUCACCGGACUCAAAUCCAACCAAGUCAGCUGGUUCUAGGGCUGCAGCCCCACGAGGAGCCCCCAGCAAUGGGGACAGCGUGAACCAGAAUUAUUUAUAACACUGACCCUCCCCAGCAGCCUGGCUGUCCAACCUGCUUCAUCCCUAGUGCCAUGUAGGAAACUGCUUUUUUUAACACACCUUUCCAGCAGUGCUUGCGUUGUCCGGCUGCUUCCCACUUUGGGGGAAAUAGGGAUGGUUCAGAUCCCUGUUACCUGAAAUAGGGACAGUUCAGGGAUGCAUGGAGGGAGCAGGGCUGGCUGGCAUGGUCCCCGCUCCGUGGGCUUGGGGGGCUUUCCCCACUGCCCCCUGCCUGUGCUAAGGCAGAGGCUGGUGUAAGCGAAUACCAAGACGUUCCCCUCAUGGCGAGUGGCUGGAGGAGAAGUGGGGAGCUCCAAGCGUGCCCCCGCUCCACAGCAAUCCCUCCUGCCACAGGGCCCUCUGCUCCGAGCCCCCCAAUAAAGCAGCUUGGAGACCCC